AUGAUAAGUGUUAUAGGAAUGUUAAUUACUGCUUUUGGAGUAUUUGGUAAUGUAAUGACAGUUUUAAUAUUGUCUAGGCCACCCAUGCAAUCUCCAAGUAAUAUGUUUUUGACAAUGUUAGCUGUUUUUGAUACAUGCCUUCUUAUUACUGCUUUUUCAAUAUAUGGAAUGGAAUAUAUAAUAGAAUAUUUUGAAAUUCUUGAUCUUUAUAUAGCAUGGUUAACUUAUUUAAGAUUUGCUUUUGUAAUAUCACAUAUAUCUCAAACUGGAUCUGUAUAUAUAACAUUAACAGUUACAGUAGAAAGAUUUUGUGCAGUAGUUUAUCCUAAAUUAAAUAAAAAAUAUUUUGGUUCAAAAAAUUCAUUUAUUUUUCUUAUUAUUGUUGUUGCAUUUGCAGUUUCAUUUAAUAUAACAAAAUUUUUUGAAGUGCAAAUUGAAAAAAAUCCUUUAUGUUCAAAUAUUGGUUAUAUAACAUGGCAAACAUAUCAUUUAAUGCCUAGUGAACUUGCUAGAAAUCCUAUUUAUGCUGAAAUUUAUUCAUUAUGGAUAACUAAUAUUAUUAUGGUAUUUUUACCUUUUCUAACAUUAUUAUUAUUAAAUUCUAUUAUGGCAUAUACAAUACAAAAACAAUUAAAGCAAAAAAUUAAUGAGCAUCAUUCAAUUGUUGAAUCAGAAUUGAAAGAAAAAAGCAGGGAAGCAAAUAUAGUACUUGUAAUUAUUGUUUUUAUCUUUUUAUGUUGUAAUUUAUGGGGAUUUGUUUUGACGUUUGCGGAACAAGUUACCGAAGCAGAUUAUUUACGUAGAGAACAUUACAUUUUCUAUACUUUCUCCAGAGAAGCUGUUAAUUUACUUGCCAUAAUCAAUUCAUCUGUUAAUUUUAUUAUUUAUCUAAUAUUUGGUAAUGAUUUUAGAAGAGAAUUUUUAUCUAUAUACAAUUCUAAAGUUUUUAAAUUUGAUUUAUUUAUACCAAAAAAUAAAUCACAAAGUCAAUUUAAACAUUGGAAAAGGCAAUCAAGAUCAUAUUAUAUGUAUAAACCUUUUAAAAGAAAAAAAACAAAAAAUGUUGAAAUGGUUAAUAAAUUAUUUGUUACAAAAGAUGAUUCUAAUGGAAAACAAAUUAUAGCAACAAUUACAUAUGAAAAAGGUGAUACACUAUUAUAA